CGUUCAGACAUCCGCGCCUGUUUGAACUUCUGCCUUCAGUGCAGUUACUUCCUCAUUUACGACCUCGCCGGGUGUAAAAAAAAAAAGAAAAGAAAAAAAAGUGGAAUUUCCAGCUGCACCUGAACGCGGCGCUGAUCUGCCUCCAUUUUGUGUCGCUCGGCCGUUUCCGUGUUUCCGAACAGCGACCGAUUAAAGUGUCAGCGGGGAGAGUAUGGCUCUGCUCGCAGGGCGGGAGUGCGGGUGAACUUUUUUUUUUUUUUUACGCAGCCACCUGAAACUAUUUAAAGUGUCUCUCGAACGUCGUUGGAGGGGUUGUUCUUGCGCGCCGCGUCGUCUCGUCUCGGGGGAGAGACGGAGAGACGCUGACACUUGACAGCUGAGAAGUAAACAGCUAGCGGCUAACAGCUAGCGGCUAACGGGGCUAACUGCGGCUAGCAAGAGCUGUUGGAAACCGUCGACUGCAGGCUAACGGCUAACAGGGCUAACUGCGGCUAGCAAGAGCUACUGCAAACCGUCGACUGCAGGCUAACUGCUAACAGCUAACAGGGCUAACUGCGGCUAGCAAGAGCUGCUGCAAACCGUCGACUGCAGGCUAACGCUAGCUGGCCGGGCUCAACCUGUGAGUGGGUCUUUUUUCGUGGUGGCGUUAAGUUACAUCACCUGCGACCUGCCAGCAGCCCUCCCCGUCUCUCCCCGGUUUCCUUUUGCCACAACGGCACUUUCCAUUCAUGUUGUGUUGGAGGGACGACACUAGCAAAGACCUGCUGUUCGUCGAGCCGGGGUGUCCGUGUGCGUCGCCCCAGCUGAGACGGUGACGCCGCCUGCCUUCACCCCACAGAGAGGUGCCAACAGAGGGACAGGAUGCCUAUUCCGCCCCCUCCCCCUCCUCCCCCAGGACCCCCGCCCCCUCCCACCUUCAACGUGGCGAACACGACUCCUCCCAAACUGAACUCGUCCGCGGCGAAAGGCCGAGGAGCGCUGCUGUCGGACAUCCACAAAGGUGCCAGGCUGAAGAAAGUCACCGCCGUUAAUGACCGGAGCGCCCCAAUCAUAGAGCCAUCAGGAGGAGGCGGCGGAGGUGGCGGCGGUGGGGGCUUUGGAGGCGGAGCUCCGAUGGGAAUGGCGGGACUUUUCCAAGGCGGUGUGCCAAAGUUACGCCCAGUCGGAGACGGUUCAGCAGGUGGUUCUGUGGGCAGGUCCGCUCUUAGGCCCCCGGGGUCCCGGUCCUCUGCCCCUCGGCCCCCGACGGCCCGCUCCAACUCCCCCUCCCCGGGAAACAAGCCCUCUCCGCCGGAGCACCAGCGCUCCCACCGCCCCUCCCUCCCCGACAUCUCCCGUCCCUCUGGCGGCGGCAGCUCGUCCACAGGCGGCGGGAUGAAGCACAGCACCUCUGCCCCGCCCCCUCCUCCGCCCUUCAACAGGGGAGGCCGUGGCAACGCCCCGCCCACCCCUAACCAGAAAGCACCUUCCACCACCUCCUCCUCUCACAGCAGAGAGAAGCCCCUCCCCCCGACGCCCAACAGAGGCCCCACACCGCCCAGCUCCGUGAAGCCGCCGCCGUCUUCCAGCAGACCUCCGACAGGGGGCUCCUCCGCCCCGCCGCCUCCCCCGCCAUACAGGCCGCACACGUCGGUCUCUAACGGGCCGUCCCAGGUGGACAGCGGCGGCGCUCCGGAGCUGCCGCAGAGGCACAACUCCCUGCACAAAAAACACACGUCGGGAGGCGGCAGCCAAGGACGCAGCCACGCUCCUCCGCCUCCUCCUUCCCCGUCUCCAUCCUCCCAACAGGUCGCCAGACCACCACCACCGGCCAGGGAGCCACCCGGACGCAGAGCAGCGCCCCAGGUGCCCAUUCCCGGUUCCCGUAACGGAGGUAGGGACGCCCCGCCGCCACCCCCUCCGUACCGCGUCAACAGCUCCGAAUCCCACAGCCGAGUGGGAAAACCGCCUCCUCCUCCCUCCUCCUCCUCUUCCUCCAUCUCAUCUUCCUCCUCCUCCCGCACACCGGCCGGACCCCCUCCACCUCCCCCGCCCAUCAGGAACGGCCACUCCAUAAUCUCCUCUUCCAAGUCCAUCAUAGAUUUUGAAAACAAGUUCAACUUCCACCCGAUCGAAGACCUCCCCCCUCCGGAGGAGUACAGGCAUUUCAACAAGGUCUACCCCAGCAGAAGCAACAAGGCCACGAUGAGAGGAGCGCCGCCGGCGCCGCCGGUGGGCAGGUGAACGGGCCUCCGCUCGGGACUUGAACUCUCGGUAGACAGUUGAAGAGGAAGUGGUGAAGAAGCACUCGAAUCACAGACGCACUACAACACUAAACACACACACACACACUCACACACACACACACACACACACACACACACACACACACACACACACUCACUAACACUAAUCCACCAGCUGGAAGCACAGCGGCCAAAAACGGAAAGGCCACCACCACCACCACCACGCCGCGGCAGACUCGACACCGCUCUGCGUUCACGUUCUCACUUUGCACGAGAGAAUUAAAAAACAACACUCGGAGGCGAGAAGCCGACUCGACCUCUGUGACCUCGACCCAAGCAACAUAUCAGGACCAAACUCCAGACACUUCCGACCCUGUGCAUUCCAACUUUACAAAAAAAGAAGCAUAUUCAUGAUGAUAAUUGUGAUUUUUCUUUUCAUAACUCUGAAUAACAUCUUUCUAUUUUGUUUAUUCUAGCUUUUUUUUUUUUGUUGUCAGCAUUUUAAUUUGUGGGUGAGAAAAAAGGAUUCAACACUACCAAUGGAAACUGAUGAAGCCAUGAAAGUGGAGCGUCUUGAUGAGGGGAUGUUUGUUUUCGUUUUUUUCGAGGGGUGGGGGUUCGUUUUUGUCUUAAAUCGUCUUUGUGCCAGACGAGGGGUGUGUUUGAAUUGUCUCUCUGUCUCAGUGUGCCAAAAGCCGGGCGGAGUCAAGUGAACGGCAGAGGGAGGAACGUUUGACAGAAGUCUUCCCUGGUUGUUUAUCUUUUUCCUUUUCAUUACAGAUGUUUCUGUUUCCGACGUCGCUCAUUCAUGCACUUGACACGUCAGGAUUUCGUUGAUGUGACGCAAAACGAAAAACUAAAGCACCUCGAUUUCAUUCCUAAGUUGGUUUUUUUUCUUUUGCCCCCCUGAUGAUUGUCGGCGUCUCGCUCCGGACCCUCGCUCUGCGGUUUUGUUUGAAGCCCGCGAUGCUGAAUUAUUAUGAUUCUGUUCUGCCGGACCACGCUGUUGAUGAUUAUUUUUUUUGCUGCAGGUUUUUUGCAGAGUUGUGGAAAAGCUUAAAAAAGGGAUCAUAUAUCACUUUCCUGCAGAUUCUCCCUCUCGUGAGGGGAAAUAUUCCGUCUGGAAUCUCAGCUCCGCUGUGAUUAUCCCCGGAUUAACCUUUUUGCUGCUGGUGGUCCCGUUAGAGACGAGAGGAGGACGAGACGCGUCGUCGUGACGUUGCUAUGCAGUUUGUACAGAUUGUAGCUGGUAGCAGCUAACCAAAAAGAAAAAAAAAGAGGAGGAGGAGGAACACUUAAGUGCCAGAUCACAGUUUGAAGCAGAUGGGACGUUUUUCUUUUCUUUCUAGCUUGACUUUAAAAAAACACUAAUCACAUAUUGAACCUGAGACAACAUGCAGGCGGUGCAGCGCCCCUGCUGGUCUUUGCCUUACACAGGUCUGUCGUCUCUCUCCCAUCGGUACCAGUGCUUUUAUCUCACCUUAGGUUUUUGUCUUAGGGGGAAGAUGAAGACGACGACGACAAAGUGAAUAAGAAAAACGAGACUAUUUGGAGAAAAAAAAAUGCAAUAAAUAUUGUAUAUUUUACAUAAUGGAAUAUGGUAAUCAUAGUUAUUGAUCUAUUUUUUAAUGUUGUAAAAAGGUUGUAAUAUAGGACAGAGAGGUGGUGAAGAGUUGGGCGAAGGAGCUGGAACGGAUGAAAUGACAAGAAAACACGUUUCUAAAAUGAAUGCAUAAAAAUAUAAAUCCAGCCUGAGGGUGAACUAGUGAGCGUGGUGACGCACUUCCUGUCCUGGGGCGUGCGCUCGCCUCGAUGCACGUUCUGUCCUCAGGUUCUCGCCUUGUUCGCCCCUAAAGAGAGAGGGGAAACAAACGAGCCCCCUGGUCAUUUCAUGUUAAUCACCCAUUGUUUUUAUCAUUUGAAAUAAAUCUCUAAUAAAUGUAUUCCUGUUGGGAAAAAGGGUA